AGUCCAAGGUUAAGUUCCCAGCACCCACAUGGUGCCUACAGUCUUCUGUAACUCCAGUUCCAGGGAAUCUGGCAUCCUCUGGCCUUCUGCAGGUACCAGUCAUCCAUGAGUAGAUUAGGCUAUUCUCAAACUCAGAAAUCCACCUACCCCUGCCUCCAGAAUGGGAUUAAAGGCCUGUACUACCACUCCUGGUACUUUCAUUUUUAAUUUUUGUGGGUUCACUGAAUUCAGUUACUGCUGUCUGUUGGAAUGUUAACUGAUCUUGUUGUUGGCUUGCUCUUGUGCAAGUAGCCAUAAUCUCAGUAAGUUCACAUUGCAAUAGUUAUAUCAUGUCCAGAAGACAGCAGUUUACAACAUUAUUCUUCAUCCUCCAGCUUUUAAAUUCUUUCUGUCCUCUCUUCCACAAUCUUACCUGAGCCUUGGGUAAGGGAGGGUUGGAGUAGACAUCCUGUUAGGGCUGAGCAUGCUUAUCCUCAGUUCUUCAACCACCAGCUAAAUUAUUUAUGUAUUUAUUGAGAUAGAAUCUCACUGUGUAGACCAGGCUAGUCUUGAACUCACAGAAAUCUUCUUGCCUCUGCCUCCCAAAUAUUAGGAUUAAAGGUGUGAACCACUACACCUGGCCUAGAUUACCUUUUAAGGGAGAAUAUAAUAGUAUAUGACAUUUUAACCUUUGGCAUAUGUCAGUGUGCUAUGUCACUGCCCAGGGCCAGAUGUAUUUUAUCCUUUUGACCUGGAUGCCUGAGGAGGGACAGUUAAGAUAUUUUCCUUUCUAGUGUUACCAGGGAAAUGGGAGGUGGCUACUAAGCAACCUUGAGGGAAGGGUGCAGCUGGACUUUUCUUUGGGAUACCAGCUUACAAAUAAAGAUACAGACUUAAUUUUGAAAAGUUUGGCCUAUAGCUUAUACUUGUUUAUAACUAGUUCUUAUAGCUUAAGUUAACCUAUUUCUAUUCAACUACAUCCUGCCACAUGGUUUGUGGCUGUUACCUCUCAUCCUACACAUCUUCUUUCCUGUGCAUCAGGCUGGCAACUCUGCCUUUCUUCUUCCCAGAGUCCUCUCUGUCCCUGGAAGUUACAUCUAACCUCUUCCUGCCUAUCUGUAGGCCAUUCAGCUCUUUAUUAAACCAAUCAGAAUGCACCUUGGCAAUGACACAUCUUUACAGUAUAAACAAAUAUUCCACAAUAGAGUGGUCUAUCCUCAGUGGCCUCCAAGACUAUUAGUCCUUGUGUAACUACCUAAUGAUGGGAAUCUAUCUCAAAAUAAAAUCAGUUUGAAAGUUAUCGUGUGCCACAUAAAGAGUUUGAGGGCAACCUGAAAUACAUAAGACCACACACACACAUACACACACACACACACACACACACAGUGCUAGGUGUGAUAAAUAAACAAAUGCUUGUAAUUCUACCACUCGGGAGGCAGAGGCGGGAGUUGAAGUUGAAGGCCAACCUGGUCUAUAUAGCCUGAACUUCAUAGAGACCUAAUUCAGAAAACAAAAAGGUGCUGGGGAGAUAGCUCAGGUAAAAGUGCCUGCAGAGCAAGCAUAAGAAUUUGAGUUUGUAUCCACAGCACCCACAUAAAUGUGAGAAAGGGAGACAGGUGGAUUCUUGAGCUGAAUCAGUGAGCUCCAGGCUCAAUGAAAGAGCCUGUCUCAAAAAAUACAGUGGAUGGCGACUGGUCAAAUGGUUUAAGUGCCUGUGUAAGCAUGAGAACCUGCGCCCUUGUAAAAACCAGGUGAUGUGACAUGUAACUCUAAUCCCAGUUUGUGUGGGUAAAGGGAAACAGGCAGAUCUCAGGGACUUGCUGGCCAUCCGGCAAAAGUGAUGAGGAUUCACUGAAAGUGCCUGUGAAAAAAUACAGUGGAGGGCCUUGUAUGGUGGCACACCUUUAAACCAGCACUUGGGAAGCAGUGGCAGGAGGAGCUCUGUAAGUUUGAGGCCAACUGGUAUACAUAGCUAGUUCCAGGACAGCCAGAACUACAUCGAGAGACCCUGUUUCAAAAGCAAAAAUGGUGAAGAGUGAUAGAGGAGACACCUGUCAUCCAUCUCUGUAUGUGUACCAUGGAGAGUCUACCUAGAAGUGAAGCUCAGGCUACUGUUGUACCAGAACUGGAGAUGCCCAGCUUGCCUGCUAUUUCAGUGCUGCAGUGGCCUCUGCUAAGUAAAAAGUCUUCAUAGAGAUCUCCCUGUCAGCUCCCCAGCAUGGCACUGCAGUACCUCAUGCUCCUGACUGGCCUCCUGAUGGGAGGCACAAGCAAGUCCACAGAAAGCAAGGCCCAGCAACGUGAGUGUUGUAUGGAUGUGGCAGACUUCAAUGCUACCUGCCCAGGCACAGGCCUAUGUGGCCCAGAAGAGGCGCGCCAGCUAGACCGGUACCACAAGAAGGCUGUUGACUACUGGCCUGAGGAGGAACACCUGCCAGGUGGAGCAGAAGCUUGGCUGGACCUGGAGAGGGGGAGCCAAGCUCUGCUAGAGCUGGUCAGCCUAGAAACACAGAGCUCUGCUGUGGCUGGUGAAGAGGAUCAUGCCCAGGAACUGCUGACUCCCAGCUACCAGCUCAGAAUCAUGUCAUCAAGCCAGCGGGUGUGGCAGACAGCUAUGCCACCCCAUCGCCAGAGCAGUUCCACAGCCACAGUGCCCAGGUCUCCUGGCUCAGUUGGCAGCCCCAGAUCCCCUAAUACUCCUGGCUCAGAGAAGGUGGCCUCUCCACUGGAGUGUUCCAUCUGUUUCUCAGGCUAUGACAACAUCUUCAAGACGCCCAAGGAGCUCUCCUGUACUCAUGUCUUCUGCCUUGAGUGUUUGGCUAGGCUGGCAGCUGCCCAGCCUGCAGGCCGUCCUGGCAGAGAAGCUGUGCCCUGCCCAUUCUGCCGGCAGCCUACAACUGUACCUGCUGCCGGAGCUCCUGCACUGCGCACCAGUCGUCAGCUACAGGCCAAGAUGCCAGUGCACCUACAGAAGGAGGAGCCUGUGUGGCUUGAGGGCACCAAACUGUGUUGCCGCCCCUUGCCCACCACUUCUGGUCAAGAGGCCAGUGACUUUGUGUGUGUGGAUGUAGGCCUGAGAAAACCAGCUGAGCCCACCCUACCUGCACCUGUCCAGGACCCUGAACCCAGCCAAAGCUAUCUGGCCCGCUGUUGGGCGCGAUUUGGAGACUGGCGUCGUGUAGCACUGGUGUCUGUGCUGUUGCUGAUGCUAUUUUGUGUGGUACUCUGGCCUGUGCAGUGUGCACUCAAAACUGGAAAUCUGCGCUGCAUUAACCGGCCACCUGUAGCCACUGCCACUGUCAAUCCCAUUACCAAUGCCCUCUUUCUUGGAACUCUAGCCAACUAGGGUCAACACUUGGGCCAGGCCAGCUAUCCCACUUGCUCCAUGGAUGGAUCCUGACCUACACAGGUCAAGAACACAGCUUUGGAAGUUUGUUCCCCAGAACCAAGGACACAUAUGUGACCCUCACUCUCUAGGGCUAGGUGCCAAUGGGGACAAAAGGGUCUUCAAAACCUCUAAGAAGGCCGGGCGUUGGUGGCGGACACCUUUAAUCCCAGCACUCGGGAGGCAGAGGCAGGCGGAUCUCUGUGAGUUCAAGGCCAGCUUGGUCUACAGAGCGAGUUCCAGGACAGCCUCCAAAACAAU